AUGCGCGCUUCGUUUCAAUCCGGCCUCCUGCUGGCCUCCAUGGUGGCACCGCUAGCUUCGGCUGAGCGUGUGCUGGGUGCAUACAUAUUCGCACGCCACGGUGAUCGUACCGCUAAGAUCUCUGGUAACACUGAGUUGACCGACCUGGGCUACCAGGAGGUCUUUGAUGCGGGCUCUUUCUACAAUGCCCGCUACAUCAACAGCUCCUCGCCCAAGCACAUCCAGGGUAUCAGCUCCAACGUCGUCAACCUCACCCAGGUCCUCGCCUCGGCGCCCGAGGAUACGGUGCUGCAAAACUCCGGCACGGGCUUCAUGCAGGGCGUGUACCCUCCCGUCGGCCCGACCCUUGGCGCGGAGAAGCUCGCCAACGGGAAGAUUGUCCAGUCGCCGCUGGGCGGCUACCAGCUGAUCCCGCUGUCCGUCAUCGCUACCGGCGAGAAUAGCGAGGACUCGGCCUGGCUGGAAGGUGCCACAGGCUGCCCCAAGGCCACCGUGAGCAGCAACGACUAUUUCUUAUCCAGCGAGUACCUGGAGCUGCUCUCCUCCACCAACGACUUCUAUCACUCUCUGGCGCCCAUGCUGGCCGCGGCCUUCAACGAGUCCUCCAUGACUUACCUGAACGCCUACACGAUCUUCGACUACCUGAAUGUCGCCCAGAUCCACAACUCGACGGACAACUUCCCACAUCAGAACCUGCUGACCGACUCGGUGUACCACCAGCUCCUGACCCUGGCCAAUGCCCACGAGUACGGCCUGGCCUACAAUGCCUCAGAACCCGUGCGGGCUAUUGCCGGUGCCGUCCUGGCCGCCGAGAUCCUGCAGGGCCUUAAUGACACCAUCACCGGCCAGGGUGAGCUGCUGGGCGUUCAGUUCGGCUCCUACGGUACCUUCCUCUCGCUCUUCGGACUGAUGGGGCUGCCCAAGGCCUCGGUGAAUUUCACCGGUAUUCCAGACUAUGCGUCCUCGGCGGUGUUUGAGCUGGUGACGAACGCGAGUGACAGCGGCAUCCCGAGCACCGAUGAUAUCAGCGUGCGCUUCACCUUCCAUAACGGCACCCUCACCGGAUCUGACGAGCCGAUGGCCUAUCCGCUGUUCGGCAGGGAUACAGAGCUAAUCUCCUGGUCCGACUUUAUGUCGGAGACCCAGAAGAUUGCCGUCAACAGCGACUCGGAGUGGUGCGAGGUGUGCGGUGUCACGACGGGCGCGUGCGCGACCUCGAGCUCGACCGCCUCUACCACGGCCGACGACUCGUCUGCUGGCUCUGGCGGUAUCUCGCGCCCCGUUGCUGGUGUCAUUGGCGCCAUGGUCACGCUGGCGGUCGUUCUGGGUCUGGAAGCGGUCUUCUUCCUGAUCGGUGGCUUCACCAUCGCCAAGCGGCGCAAGGGUGGUGUGGUCGAGAGCACCGGGAGUGCCACCGAGGAUAAGAAAUAG